AUGUCUGGGAAACUGCCGGGAAGGCCAAAUUUAUCUCUUGCCGGAAAACGAGAAGCACCCGGCGCCGCACCGAAAGCAGAAUCGAAAAGAGGUCGGGGAGGUGGGAGAGGCGCCGGACGUGGUGGACGAGGCGGAAGAGGUGGAAAACCACCGAAACAGGAAUUGAUUCAAACUGGUGGAGUGUUCUCGGAAGGUCUGGGAGGUGAUUUUCCCUCAAAGAAGACGGUGGUAAAGGAAGUUGAGCCACAGCGUGAGUUUUUCAUGGGGUUUUAAAAACUUGUGUUUUUGGGAACUAAUAAAUUAUUUAAAUAUCUAUAUUUCUAGAAUUCACGGUGAAAAAAGCGUCCACAACAACUGCCAAAUCUCCAACUCCCGAUGAAACCCCAAAACCUCGUGCCGCCGGCAAAACUUCGUUCAAAAACUGGGAUCAAUUAUGGGAAAGCGAUGAGGAAACCGAUGAACUUGAGAAGAAGGCACUUUUACCAAGAAGAGGAAUUGUGAGUGAUUUGACGCAUGGAUCUAUUAUGCCAUGUGUUUUGCCAGCUGAAGAUCAACCGCAAUUUAUGAAUGUUUUGAAUAAAAAUGCGAGAUUUGCAUUGGAAUUAGAGGAAAAAUCUGGGGGAGCUGCUGCUGGAGCCGAAAUGGAUGUUGAGGAUAAAAAACCAAAUUUGACCCAGAAAAAUCCAAGAAAAACCGCUGAACAAAUUAUUUCAAUGUUUGAAGCAUCAACCAGUGAAUUGAUGCAUCUUCAACUUCCUUCAGUGAUUUCUUCGAUUUGUCGGGAAAUUGAGGAAAAAGAAGAGAUUCCGAUGGAAACUGAUGAGUUCGCAGAACCGCAAGAAAAAGGCGGUGAUUUGCCAAGCGGAAGAAAUAUUGGAAAGAUUCAGGUGACGAAAAAAGGAAGGAUUUUAUUGCGAAUUGGUGGACAUGUGAUGGAUAUUACGGCGAAAGCAGUGAAUGGAAAACAAAUGGUGAGAAAUUUGAUUGAAUUUACUCGCUAAAAAUUAAAAUUAAAGUCUUGAAAUUUUGAAACAUCUUGAAACUUGUUUGUGAAAAAACCACCUAGAAGUUGAAAAUGUCUAGGAUUUUUUUCUGAUAAUCAGAAUCUAAUUCUAUUUUCAAUUUUUUAAUUUCCGAUUUAAAUUUUCAAUUGUGGCGUCAAGAAAAUCAACGUGGCAGAAAUUCUAGGUUUUCAUUUGUUAGUUUUAGUUUUUUUGAAAUUUUGUUCCUAAAAAUCCACGUGGAAAGAAAUUAUAACUUUAAGCAUUCACCUAAAAAUCCCAAAAUCCUGUAAAUUCCACAUUUUUUGCAGGGCACAGUUCUACUGGAAACCGAACCACAAAUGGAUUCAAUGGGUUCACCAAUUCAAUCGACAGAUUCCUCAAAAAAUGCAAUAUAUUAUUUGGGAAAUGUGAAACAUAAUCUAGUCGGAUCGAUGAGUUGGAAUGAAUUGAAUCGAACGAAAACUGAGGAAAAUACGGAAAAGGUUGUGGAAAAUGACGCGAACAACGAUACUCCGAUGCUUGACGCUGCACAAGUUCGGAAAAUUCAAGAAUUGGAAGAAGUUCAGAAAUCGUGGGCUGGAUUUGCUGAAAAAUGGGCAAAAGGAAAAUGA